UACAAGGGCCGGGGGCGGGAUCUGCAACGAACGGAACGGAAGUGAAGCCCGGCGAAGGGCGGAAGUACGGUGCCGGGCAGCGUCGGAAGCGGCCAUGGCGGCUCCCGGCGGGAAGAUCAACCGGCCGCGCACGGAGCUGAAGAGGAAGCUGUUCAAGCGCCGGCGGGUGCUGGGCCGGGCGCGGCGGGCGCACCGCAGGGUGGUCGGGGCCGUGGUGGACGCGGGGCUGACCACGCGGCACCAUCUGCGGAAGCGCGCGUCCAGCGCCCGGGCCAACAUCACCCUGUCGGGGAAGAAGCGCAGGAAGCUCCUGCAGCAGAUCCGACUGGCACAGAAGGAGAAAGCAGCCAUGGAAGUGGAAGCCCCCUCAAAGCCAGCCAGGACCUGUGACCCACAGCCCAAGAAACAGAAGAAGGAGAAAGUUCCCCAGGAUGUUGACAUGGAGGACCUGGAGGAUGAGAGCUGAAGUUCUCACUUCUUCCAGCAGAACGUUUUCACCUGCAGUGGAAGGUUGGGUGGUUGUUUCAAAGGACUGCGGAGAGCACAUUUCCUCCUUCACUCCUGGAUUCCCUAUCCCUGAUGGCUGGUGGGCGCUGCUGCUGGGAGGUUGUGUUGGAAGAGGGCACAGAAGCAAGACUGCAGAGGGACCUCUGGAGCAGUUGACUCCAUUUGUUUUUUGUUUGUUUGUUUGUUUGUUUGUUUUUCUUCCGGUACCAGGAAUUGAACUCACUACUUGCGCUUGCCAGGCAGGCGCUUUGCCGCUGAGCUAAAUCCCCAGCCCCGACUCCAUUUGUAAUAAAGCCCAAGAGCCAGGUAUGGUCAGCACAUCUGUCAUCCCAGCACUUGGGAGGCUGAGGCAGGAGGAUGGCCUGGAAUUUAAGGCCAGCCUAAACUAUAUA